CUUCAUUCACGUCAUGUCACAGAAUUUGUUAUCUGCGAGGAAUUUUAGUGAUAAAAGCGAACUAUAAACAGAAAAAAUGGAUAAUAAACCGUCACUGAGUCAAUAUUUCGGUGAUAAGGAAGUACCACCCGCCUCCCAGUUUUUCGACGAAAUCGGGACGUCGCCAUCUGAUAUGGUACAAAGCAUUUAUUUGGGCGAACCCGAAGGUAAUCAAACGACGACAAAUAAUCUUUUUCCUCAAAAUAUGUCGGUUUCGUUUACACAACAUAAAACGUCAGAAGAGAUGACUUUUACAAAUGUUUUGCCUACUGUGAGUGGGUCUACUUCGGUGCCGGCAGCCAGUUUACCAGACCCAUCAACAUUCUUUGACACGAUAGGCCCUGAACCACAGAUUGUGCCUACAAAAAGCAGUAUUGCUAACCCAACAGUACUUGCUGAAGCUAUGGAUGGGUUAAGUAUUAAAAACCAGCCUGUAGAUAAAGAGGCAGAUAGAAGAAGAGAUGCCUGGAUACCAAAUGAUGAAGCUAAGAAAACUUUAAUGAAGGCACAAUCGUCACCCAAAGGCUCAUUCUUCCCUGAGAGAGAGGUCCUAACGAUGCCUGGAUUGAUACUUGAAGAGGAAUUGGCCGAUGCCCUCCAAGAAGUAGCAGUGAAGUACCUAGGAGUCAGUUCAGCUGGUAGCCGAGGAGUUGUGAGAGCGGAACAUGUGAGUCGUGAUGAAGCUGGACUUCGGGAGUUGCUGCGCACUGGAUACUUGAGGGCAGCUAUCAACCUCACGCAUGUACUCAUCAGUGCUGCCGGACAAGGUGUAGGUCGUAUGCACCGUCCAACAAAACACACGCCGCGCUCGCUACAGCUCUGGCUGACAAGGUUCGCAGUCAUGUUGAGGAUCAAGCUGACUGACCCAUUACUGAAGGAGGCCGAGCCCUUUGGGGAUUUCAGCAAGCCCGAUAUGUUUUAUGAGUUCUACCCAGAUACGUACGACAAUCGCACUGGCAGUCUAGUACCAUUCUCGCUGCGAUUAUUAGUCGCAGAACUGCCGGCGCAUGUCGGGAAACCAGACGAGGCAGUCGACAGAUUAUAUGCUAUGCUUGAUGUCAUACAAACGAUGUUAUCGAACCUCCGUGAAGGUAAGACAGAGGAUGGAUCAGCGACCAUAACGGAGCAGGAUAAAACCGAGUCUAUUCGUCUAUGGAUGGGCAGAGAGACGAGAGUCAUGCAUUCCUUGGUCAACUGUGCUAUAGCUAUGAAGGACUAUAGACAAGCGGCUCGAAUAUUAUCAACGUUACAUCAACAGGCGACGUCAGCGGGCGGGCGGCGCGCCAUAUGUAGCGCGCUGUGUCGCCUGUGGCUACUGGCCGGACAUGUCCGCGCCGCCGGGGCCUGGCUCGACACUGCCCGGGACGCCAGGCAUCAUAUAUGUCCGACUCCAGACGUCCGCGAAUAUGUCGACAUGGGUUUAAUGGACAUAGCGCACGGCAAAUAUCAAGAUGCGUACAAUAACUUCGCCAGAGCUGCUGAUCAAGAACCAACCAAUAUAAUGGUCGCAAACAACUUAUCAGUCUGUCUACUCUACAUGGGGCGGCUAAAAGAAGCUAUAGCCGUUUUACAAAAGGCUAUUAACUCGGAUCCUGAAAGAGGAUUAAAUGAGAGCCUUUUAAUUAACCUCUGUACACUAUAUGAACUAGAAUCUUCGAAAACGAAUGAAAAGAAAUUAAAUCUACUUAGAAUGCUUUGUAAAUACAAAAGUGAUACUAUACCAAAUGUUUUAGAGUGUUUGAAAUUAUAAAUAAAUAGAUAAUAAUCUUUUUUUUAAUAAAUAAUUGGAUUACAUAUAAAUUUCUAUAGUCUAAUCGGUUUAGGAAAUUAAAU